AUGGUCACAACAUCAAUACAAGAUCGGACGAAUGAAUUCCGGACAGUUCUUAUCCAAGCCCAGAAACGACAGAACACCUCAAAGGUUGGAUCACAACGGGCAUCAUUACUUUCAGAUGUGCAAAGACGGGAAGCAAAUGGGUCUGCUGGGUCAGAGCGGAGGGCGCGAUCCGAGUUUGCAAGAAAUGCUGCCCAGGUGGGAAGGGGCAUCACAGCGACAAUGGGCAAGUUGGAGAGGCUGGCGCAAUUGGCGAAACGAAAGACUCUGUUCGACGACCGACCGGUGGAGAUUUCAGAGUUGACUUAUAUCAUAAAACAAGACCUUGCUUCUUUGAACAGCCAGAUUUCUUCUUUACAAUCUCUCAACCAGUCUCUACAUCCCAACGCCUUACAACCGAAGUCAGCCGAUCAGGAAGGUCAGCACAAUAAGAAUGUGGUGGUCAUGUUGCAGGGCAAGGUAGCAGAUGUGGCGGCGAGUUUCAAGGACGUUCUAGAGGUACGGACGAAGAAUAUUCAAGCGAGCAGAUCGCGGACCGAGAAUUUUGUCAGCUCAGUAUCGGCGAAGACGGCAACCGGUAUGGAUGCACAGCGCUCGGAAUCACCGCUCUACCAGUCCACAGGUACAAAUAGACAGCGUACACCCCAAGCUGCCCAUUCGAGCUCCGAUCUUCUUAGCCUGGAACCUUCGUCAUCUUCUACACUUAUGCGGCACGGACAGCAAUCAGAUUCGCAAUUGCUGAUGAUGGAAGAAGCGCAGCCUACCAACACCUAUAUACAACAAAGAGGCGAGGCCAUCGAAGCGAUUGAACGAACGAUAAACGAGCUUGGCGGAAUAUUUGGGCAACUGGCUAGCAUGGUGUCCGAACAGAGCGAGAUGAUCCAGCGGAUAGACGCAAACACAGAAGACGUGGUUGAUAAUGUUCAAGGCGCGCAAAGGGAACUGCUCAAAUACUGGAGCAGGGUUAGCGGUAAUCGAUGGUUGGUUGCAAAGAUGUUCGGAGUGUUAAUGUCGAACUGCUUACCAGGAGAAGGGGCAGCUAAAGAUUCGAGCUAA